ACUGACCGCAUGGAAGUUUCAGAAAUUAAAGGAAAGUUUAAGCUGAAUCCUCUAACAAAAGUACCCACCUCCCACAGCAAGAGUCUCAUUAGCACAUGUAUUUCUUCUUGCAUAACUGUCCUUAAUUCCAUUUCCCCAGCCUUCCGAGCUGCCUACAACUUUUUCUACAAGGAUAAAACUGGUUGUAUUGACUUACAUGGAAUGAUGUGCACUUUAGCUAGAUUGGGAAUUAAUCUAACCAAGCCUGAUGUCUACAAUGAAUUAAAAUGCGCUGAUAUUGAUGGAGAUGGGAAGGUGAACUUCUCAGACUUUAUAAAAGUGCUAACAGAUAAGAACCGCUUCCUCAAGGCCGUGGCUCCAGAAAAGGAGACCUCUUUAAAUUUAGCUGGCAACCCAGGAUUCCUAUUAUUUGAAAUCCUAUCAAAGCUUAUAGAGACUUCAGCCCUACCCAAAAGGGCUAUAAAGGAAAUAGUAAGCUAUUUCCGAAGAAGAUUCCAGCAUUCUGGCGCAGAAGGAUUGUGGAAUCCCUAUGCGAUGGGUUAUGGAAAAAAGAGACUUAAACCAGAAGUAUAUACACAUGCAAGCUCAAGCACAGCUGCCUUUGCUAAUGCUGCCCGAGUUGCAAUAAUGAAAGAAAAGGACUUAUUUAAAUUUCUUGAAGAGCUCAAGAGAUGGAGUCCCUAUUCAGAUAGCCCAUAUUCAAAAAUACCCAUCUUCCCAUUGUUUCCUAAUAUGGAUGGGGUGGUGAUGGGAAAGCCAUUCAAAGACUUACAGAAAUUAGAAAUGUUAAGGAAAAAGGAGCCUUUGAAUUUCUUUGAGAACUAUUUUUUCCAUAAAAGAGACUGGAAAACACAGGCACCAAAUGCAAAGCCUAUAGACCCUGCCUCCGGCUAUUCAGAUGACCUCCUCGAAAUUGCUCAAAUGUUCAAGAAAAAGCAGACUUGGACAGUGGCUGAUGCAGCUGCUAUUAAACACCAGGUGAAGAGAGCUACAGACAACUAUAAUUUAGGAAUUGCCCUUGAGCACCGGAAGGAUAUGCUAAACCUCUGGCAGAAAAUCCGAGGAGAUUUGGUUGGGAUAGAAACUAAAAAUGAGUCCUUUUAUGACACAUUUUCUGCUUAUACAUGGUCAUGGAAUGUUUGCCAAGAAUUACUUUCUCCUAAGGACUUAAGAUUAUUUGAUGCCUACACAUAUAGAAAUUCCUUUCACAACUCUGGAUUCUCUUCCUCGUCAGUAAUCAGUGAAAGUGACACAGAAACAGGAAGAAAAAGAAAACGGAUAAGUUUCAAAGGAUUCCGACAAUGA